AUGAUGGAGGUGCAAGAUCCCAACACAAAGGGUGCUAUGCUGACAAGCACUGGAAAAUACGCAAUACCAACUAUUAAUGCGGAAGCUUAUGCUAGAGGAAAGAAGGAAAAGCCUCCCUUUUCACCAGAGGAGCCCUCCUCCUCCUCCUCCUCCUCCGAUGAUCCCAUUCCAGAUGAGUUGUCAUGUCCCGUUUGUAAAGAGCUAAUGACUGAUGCAGCUGUUAUUCCCUGCUGUGGAAACAGUUUUUGUGACGAAUGUAUUAGAACAGCAUUACUGGACUCUGAGGAGCAUACCUGCCCAGCGUGUCAUCAAACCGAUGUUUCUCCUGACGCUUUAAUUGCCAACCUGUUCCUACGCAAGGCUGUGAACAACUUCGAAAAUGGAACUGGCUACACAAAGAGGCUCCGUCAGCAGAUUCAGGAGCCACAGCAGCCGCCACCACCUCCACCACCGCUCCUGACUGUUACACCUCCUGCUGCUCUGGGCUAUCAGGUUCCUGUACCAAGGCAACCAGCAUUACCAAGCCUUCUGGGCCCCCAAGGACAAUCAAUACCCACCACCGGUCGCCCAAUGAGUGCCAGUACAAUUCGCUCAGCAGGAGGCAGACCGGGCUGGGAACUUCGUUCCCCUUCUCGCUCCUACUCACGAUCGCCGCCAUAUGCAAGAAGAGGCAACUUUUCUCCAGACAGGUUUGGUCCACCUGGGACCAGACGAGAGAAUUCACCAUAUGCUCAGGGACGGAGGCAGGAUUAUCCUGGUGGGCAGAGCCACCAAAAGUGUAAUACAGCUGGAAAUUACCCUGGAAAAACUUCUGGAAGAGAGAGGCAUGGCAUCAAAGAUCCUACAAAAUCAAAAGAGAAGGAGGUGGAACAUCGACUGGGAGGUGACAAAGGAAAUAAAGACAAAAAGCACCGGAAGAGAAGAAAAGGGGAUGAGAAUGGAGGAUUUCCCAAUGCUGAGUGGUUAGAAGGAAUGAGAAAACCAAGGGAGCCACUUACAGCAGAAGACGUGAAAAUGGACUCUCUGUUCAUGCUCCCAAGCAGAGAUGAUGCUACCCCUGUGCGAGAUGAGCCUAUGGAAGCAGAUUCUAUGGCUUUCAAAGCAGCACCUGAAAAGGAGAAAAAAGAGAAGGAUAGGCCAGAAGCAAAAACUGACAAGACAAAGCGGAAAGUAGAGGUGGCUGUUCCUCCUAAGACAGACAAUAUAAGAAAACCAGCAAAAGCCUCCCAGGAGAAGGUGAACACCGAUGGUGACAAAUCCCCUCCAAUGGAACCUGCUGUGAAAAAAGUGAAGGAGGAGCAGCCAACCUUAAUGCGUUUCUGUUCUUAA